UAGCGUAUCAUAAUUAAAUUAAUCCGUUUGUUAUUUGUAAUAUCCGCGGUGUCCGCUAACAACGAUUUUUUAAGAUACCCGUGAAGUUGAUAAUAUAUUUGCAUAAUCUAUUGACGUUUGUUGUUUUCUGUUUUUGAUAUUGUAAAUAACAACACUCGCUAUGGAUGUUGACAUGAGUGGGCUUAGGGGUUUCAUCGAAAUUGCCCGGCACUCCAACGAAAUGCGCAAGAAAAAUCAAUUAGUGGAUUUCGUAUUGGUUAACGACAACGGUGACCAAGUGUGGGGCCAUACACCCAUGAUGGCUUCAAUGAGCCCUUUAAUUGAAGAAAUUGCUAAGAUGGGUGAAAGAAGAGCGCUUUUGAAAAAUAUAAGUGCUGGAUCGCUGGAACAUAUAGUUAAUUUCAUGUAUACUGCUGAUGUAGCCUUCUUAACUCGUGAUAAUGUUGAUAAUAUUUUAGCUGGAGCUUCUGAACUGAGAAUGAGACACUUACAAGAAGCGUGUUUGGAUUUUUUGCAAAAUAAUGCGAAUGGCAAUGAAGACAAUUUGACUGCGAGAUGUCUUGGUUAAAAUAGUAUGAUGGUUAAUAAGUAUUUAUUCAAUUUUUUGAACUUGGAACUAUUACUUGUAGUAUUUAACUAAUAACUUGAUUGCUAAUUUUUUUUUUGUACAACAUACAUUGCCAGAUUUUAAAAGGAGUUUAAUUUCAUUAUGCCUACAGUUUUUUAUUAUUUACGUUGACCCCAAGUCUGAUUCAUCUUCAACAUCUCAUACUUAUCUAGUCGUGAACAUAUAUUUAGUUUUCUUCUGCUAUCUCCCAUAAUUAUAAACUUACUUACUUAAAUUUUUCCUUUAAUAUAAUGUUUACAUUAUAGACAUUAUACUUCAACUACUAGUAUAAGGUGUAGAUUUAAAUACAUUUUUUAGCUUCAGUGCAGUGCUGAGAAGUUUUAUUUAUUUUUGUAUCCGAACAUAUGAUAUCUAUGAUAGCCACAGAGCCAAUUUUUUCUUCGAGUUACUGUUGCAAAAUCAAUAUUUUUUUAAUUAAUUAACACUGAAAUAUUUCAUUUUAAUUCUUUGAUCUAGCGUUCCAUUGAAAAUUGUAAAAUAACUGUGAAACUCUUGAGCCGCGUUUACGCUGCCGCCCAAAAUAUAUUUAUUUAUUUAAUA